AUGAUCAGAGCCUUUAUUCAAAGAAACUCUCCUCAAAAAGCCUUUUUUUUGUACAAACUUAUGCUGAAUGACAAUGUGGGUGUUGAUAAUUACACUUACCCACUUCUUGCUCAAGCUAGUGCACUACGUUUAUCCGUUUUUGAAGGGAAAUUGAUUCAUGAUCACGUUGUGAAAGUGGGUUUUGAUUCAGACGUAUAUGUUAAUAAUACAUUGAUAAAUAUGUAUGCUGUUUGUGGAAAUAUGUGUGAUGCACGUAAACUUUUUGAUGUAAGUCCUGUGUUGGACUUGGUUUCGUGGAAUUCUAUCUUGGCAGGUUAUGUUAACGCGGGAAAUUUAGAAGAGGCGAAGGAUAUUUAUGAUAGGAUGCCUGAAAGGAACAUAAUUGCUUCGAAUUCAAUGAUUGUGUUGUUUGGUAGAAGAGGUUAUGUGAAUGAGGCUUGUAGGUUGUUUAAUCAAAUGCCUAAGAAAGAUUUGGUUUCAUGGAGUGCGCUGAUUUCUUGUUAUGAGCAGAAUGAGAUGUACGAGGAGGCUUUGGUUAUGUUCAUGACAAUGAAUGAUCAUAAAGUUAUGGUGGAUGAGGUUGUGGUUGUUAGCGUUCUUUCUGCCUGUGCACAUUUAACGGUUGUGACAACGGGGAAAUUGAUCCAUAAUUUAGUUGUGAAGAUUGGAAUUGAAUCUUAUGUUAAUCUUCAAAAUGCAUUGAUUCACAUGUAUUCAAGUUGUGGGGAAAUAAUAUCGGCUGAGAAACUGUUCAAUGCAGGUUACAGCUUGGACUUGAUAUCUUGGAAUUCUAUGAUAUCAGGGUACUGGAAAUGUGGUUCAAUUGAAAAGGCCAGAGCUUUAUUUGAUAUCAUGACUGAAAAGGAUGUUGUGUCUUGGAGUGCAAUGAUUUCAGGCUAUGCUCAAAACAACCAAUACUCUGAGACCUUGGCAUUGUUCCAGGAGAUGCAGCUUCAUGGGAUUCAGCCUGAUGAGACCACUUUGGUGAGUGUCAUCUCAGCUUGCACCCACUUGGCCGCCCUUGACCAGGGCAAGUGGAUUCAUGCAUAUAUAAGGAAGCAUGGACUCAAGAUUAAUGUCAUUCUGGGUACCACGCUUAUAGACAUGUACAUGAAACUUGGGUGUGUGGAAAAUGCAAUGGAGGUUUUCCAUGGGAUCGAGGAAAAGGGGGUUUCUACUUGGAAUGCUCUCAUUCUUGGCUUUGCGAUGAAUGGCUUGGUGGGCAAGUCACUUGACAUGUUUUCAGAGAUGAAGAAAAGCGGUAUAGUGCCAAAUGAGAUAACUUUUAUAGGGGUUCUUGGGGCUUGUCGGCACAUGGGCUUGGUAGAUGAAGGGCACCAUCAUUUUAAUUCCAUGAUUCAAGAGCACAGGAUGGAACCCAAUAUUAAGCAUUAUGGAUGUAUGGUUGAUCUUCUAGGACGUGCAGGUAUGCUCAAAGAAGCGGAGAAACUCAUUGAGAGUAUGCCCAUGUCCCCAGAUGUUGCUAGUUGGGGUGCUUUGCUUGCAGCCUGUAAGAAACAUGGUAACCAUGAAAUGGGGGAGAGGGUAGGAAGAAAGCUUGUUGAGCUUCAACCUGAUCAUGAUGGUUUCCAUGUAUUACUGUCCAACAUACAUGCGUUAAAAGGUAAUUGGGAUCAUGUUCUUGAGGUGAGGGGGACAAUGACGCAACGUGGAGUGGUGAAGGUCCCAGGCUGCAGCAUGAUUGAAGCAAACGGAAUAGUUCAUGAGUUUCUGGCAGGGGAUAAGACACACCCACAGAUAAAUGAGAUCGAGGAUAUGUUAGAUGAAAUGUCAAAGAGAUUGAAGAUUGAAGGUUAUGCACCAAAUACACAUGAAGUUUCACUUGACAUUGAUGAAGAAGAGAAGGAAUCCACUCUAUUUAGACACAGUGAGAAGCUUGCAAUUGCCUUUGGGCUUAUAACUAUAAGUCCACCAACACCAAUACGGAUAAUCAAGAAUCUGCGAAUAUGUAAUGACUGUCACACUGCAGCAAAGUUCAUUUCCAAAGCUUUUGAUCGUGAAAUUGUGGUGAGGGAUCGUCAUCGUUUUCACCACUUUAAGCAGGGUUCUUGUUCUUGCCUGGAUUACUGGUAGCAGAUUAUCAUACUUGGGCAAAUUGAUUUAUUUACUUUGUUGAUGAGAUCUCACCUGAAGAACUUGUCUAGUUCUACCAGAGUAUGAGUUAUAUAUUCUGUGCAGUUUAGUUGUGCAAUGGGUCUCCUUGGCAUGGCAUUGAUAGGAUAUCUUGCAUUCCAGCAAAGCUUUAUUGUAGCAACAAAUAGCUCACCCGGUAAGGAUUUAUGCAGCCACUUAUGUUGAGAAGUGAAAGCAGGCAGUAAUUUUAGUGUGCCAUGGUUGAGGACAAUUUGGAGGUAAAAACAGUAAAUUGUGGAUAUUUUCAAUGGAAAACCACUGCAGAUCUAUUAUUUUACAAAGAGGCCAUUUUUCUACGAACUCAUUACUAUGCUGGACACAAGCAUGGGGUUUAUAUACCAUGUUCAUUUCUUUGCAUGGCACUGGUUUGGAAGAUACCACCAAGGAUCCAGGGUGUUGAGCCAGACUCCUUUAUCCAAAGAUUGCUUCAGCAAACAUGUGACAAAUUGGUAGGAGCUUUUAAAGAAUAUGUUUCCAUGGCGAGGAUAGGCACAGUUUUAGUAUAUUGGUAUAACGUGAUGGCACAAAUAUUGUCAUUCAGCUGAAGUGAUUAUCUGUAGGAGAAAAGUUCUCCAAUCAGUGUCUAUCCUGUAUCUUGGUGAUUGUGAUUGUGGGAUGUAUCGACAUCAUAAUAGUACUUGAAAUAGUACCAGCAGAGGAGUCAGGCAAACUAGGCUCUCCAU